AUGGCCUCCGCUGCUAGAUCGGCCUCUCGGGCCUUCCUUCGCUCCACCCCCUCCGUCAGGCCCGCUGCUCGCAGUGCUCGGUUCGCCCUUCCCUCUCAGGGGUUCCGUGCCGCUCCCCGUCGCGGCUAUGCCUCUGAGGCUGGCUCGGGCAAGUCCUCCAACGGCUUCCUGUGGGCUGGUCUCGCCGUUGCCGCCGGUGGUGGUGCGUACUUCUACCUCCAGGGCGGCGAUGCCGUCGCCUCCAAGGAAUUCGUCCCCGGCAAGGAGGACUACCAGAAGGUGUACGAUGCGAUUGCUGAGCGUCUCGCCAACGAGACCGACUAUGACGAUGGCAGCUAUGGACCCGUCCUGGUUCGCCUGGCAUGGCACGCAAGCGGUACCUAUGACAAGGAGACCGGCACGGGUGGAAGCAACGGUGCCACGAUGAGAUUCGCCCCCGAGUCCGACCACGGCGCCAACGCGGGUCUCAAGCACGCCCGUGACUUCCUGGAGCCGAUCAAGGCCAAGUUCCCCUGGAUCUCGUACUCCGACCUGUGGACUCUGGCCGGAUCCGCCGCCAUCCAGGAGCUGGGCGGCCCUGCCAUCCCCUGGAGACCCGGCCGCGCGGACCGCGAUGUGGCCGCCUGCACCCCCGACGGACGUCUCCCCGACGCCAGCAAGGACCACAGACACAUCCGCGACAUCUUCUACCGCAUGGGAUUCAAUGACCAGGAGAUCGUUGCCCUGGUGGGCGCCCACGCCCUGGGCCGCGCGCACAGCGACCGCUCCGGCUUCGACGGCCCCUGGGACUUCAGCCCGACCGUCUUCACCAACGACUUCUUCAAGCUGCUCCUCGACGAGAAGUGGCAGCAGAAGAAGUGGAACGGCCCCAAGCAGUUCACCGACAAGUCCACCGGCACCCUGAUGAUGCUGCCCACCGACAUCGCCAUGACCAAGGACAAGGAGUUCCGGAAGCACGUCGAGCGCUACGCCAAGGACAACGACGUCUUCUUCAAGGAGUUCACUGACGUGUACGUCAAGCUCCUGGAGCUGGGUGUCCCCUUCACCAGCAAGGCUGAGGACCGCUAUAUCUUCAAGACCUCCGCGUAA